GACAUUUAGAAAAUGAUACACGUUUCGUAUUUGACAAUUUGAUUUCAAUUAUAAAAUGUUUUAAAAAAAGCGAAAAUGACUUAUUUAAAAUCCUGGGAAGAAUUUGAAAAGGCUGCAGAAAAACUGUACCUGCAAUCUCCUGCAAAAGUUCGAUAUACUAUGAAGUAUGCGCAUUCAAAAAAUCAUUUAAUUCUUAAAAUGACUGACGAUGUAGUAUGCCUUCAAUUUAAAACCGAGAUAGCUCAAGACCUUAGGAAAAUAGAUAAGUUUAUAAACAACUUAUUAAGACAUAUGGUUUCAAAGGAGCAUUAACCUAUAGAAAGCAUAAGGUAUUUAAUUAAUUUUAGGUGACUUUUUUGUAUGGAAUUUUGCUGUUAAAAUACAAACUCAACUACACUAAUA